ACCCCACAACCAUGGUGGUGCCGCUGGCCAGCUCAGAAGCCCAGAUGGUGCAGUCACUGGGCUUUGCCAUCUACCGCGCCCUGGACUGGGGGCUGGACGAGAGUGAGGAGCGCGAGCUCAGCCCGCAGCUGGAGCAGCUCAUCGACCUUAUGGCCAACAGCGACUGCGAUGAUGGCGGCUGUGGGGCAGCAGAUGAGGGCUACGGGGGCCCUGAGGAGGAGGAGGAAGCGGCCGAGGGUGUCCCCCGUGCUGUGCACACCUUUGCCCAGGCUAUGCGGCUGUGCGCAGCGCGCCUCACUGACCCCCGGGGUGCACAGGCCCACUACCAGGCCGUGUGUCGUGCCCUCUUCGUGGAGACCCUGGAGCUGCGUGCCUUCCUGGCCCGGGUCCGUGAGGCCAAGGAGAUGCUGCAGAGGCUGGGAGAGGAUGAGCCGCAGAUACAGAAGCCACUGGCUGAGCUCGACAACCUGGGACACACAGACUGGGCCCGGCUGUGGGUGCAGCUCAUGCGGGAGCUUCGCCACGGGGUGAAGCUCAAGAAGGUGCAGGAGCAGGAGUUCAACCCCCUGCCCACCGAGUUCCAGCUCACACCCUUUGAGAUGCUGAUGCAGGACAUCCGUGCCAGGAACUACAAGCUGCGCAAGGUCAUGGUGGAUGGGGACAUCCCUCCCAGGGUGAAGAAGGAUGCACAUGAGCUCAUCCUGGACUUUAUCCGUUCCCGGCCUCCCCUGAAACAGGUCUCUGAGCGCCAGCUUCGCCCACUGCCGCAGAAGCAAAGGACCCUGCAUGAGAGGAUUCUGGAGGAGAUCAAGCAGGAGCGCAGACUGCGGCCUGUAGGGGCCCAGCAGCUGGGCACUCGGGGCUUUGGCUCUCUGCCCUGCAUCCUCAACGCCUGCUCGGGGGACGUCAAGUCCACUUCCUGUAUCAAUCUGUCUGUCACGGAUGUUGGGAGUGGCACUCAGCGCCCACGGCCGCGGGUCCUGCUCAAGGCACCCACACUGGCUGAGAUGGAGGAGAUGAGUACCUCUGAGGAAGAGGAGUCUCCAUGUGGGGAGGUGACACUGAAACGGGAUCGCUCCUUCUCAGAGCACGACCUGGCCCAGCUGCGGAGUGAGGUGGCCUCCGCCCUGCAGCCAGCUGCUCCACCCCGGGAAGGGCCAGGACUGCCCCGGCCGCGGGCAGGCAGUAUGCACACCUGGAGGCCCAGCGCCUGGGACCAGGGCUCCUGUCCUGUGGGUGUCCAGCCCCAGCCUGACCCUGGGACCCCCACGCUCAGCAGCCUGAGCUCUGCAGACAGACCUGAAGCCUCUGUGCCAGAUGCCAGGCACCUGUGGCUGGAGUUCAGCCAUCCCGCGGAGAGUCUGGCCCUGACAGUGGAGGAGGUGGUGGAUGUGCGCCGUGUGUUGGUGAAGGCUGAGAUGGAGAAAUUCGUCCAGGACAAGGAGCUGUUUAGCAGCCUGAAGCGGGGGAAGGUUUGCUGCUGCUGCCGGGCCCGAUUCUCACUCUUCUCCUGGCCACCCACCUGUCUCUUCUGCAAGAGAGCCGUCUGCACUUCCUGUAGCGUAAAGAUGAAGAUGCCUUCUAAGAAGUGUGCACACAUCCCCGUCUACACUCUGGGCUUUGAGAGUUCUCAGAGGCCACCCUCGGCCAAGGCCAUGCCUACGCAGAGGAGAGAGGUCUUCCAGUGUGUUGCUCUGCCUUGUUGCGGGGUGUCUGGGUCCCUGCAAGGGCCACGGUGGCGAAGUGUGGAGGAGGAGUUCCCACACAUCUAUGCACAUGGCUGUGUCCUGAAGGAUGUCUGCAGUGACUGCACCAGCUUCGUGGCUGAUGUCGUGCGCUCCAGCCGAAGAAGUGUGGACGCUCUCAACACCACACCGCACCGCACCCGCCAGACACAGUCCCUUUACCUCCCUGACACCAAGACUCUGAAUUUCCAGUGACCACGGCCCAAGGCAGCCAGGCCUGCGCAUGUACAUAUAUACAUAGACAGACGCCUUUCUAUAAUAUAUGCACACAACCUAUAUAUUUAUAUGUUUUCUUGCCCCACUGCUCAUUUGGGGGCAGGUCCACUGCAAGCCCCUUCCCUGGGAGGCUGUCCCCUCUCAGGACUCCUUGGGGUGUGGAUGGAGGGUUUCUCCCUAAAGAGGGAGGGUAGGGGAUUCCAGACUCUAGGUCUCCAGCAGAUCCCGCCCAGGCCCCAGUUCUCUCCUACACAGCUCGGACCACAUAGCUGCUUCCCUUUCCUGGGUACGAGUCCGGGUUGGGUUGGGGAGCCUGCCUACCUCUGCCUUCCUGUAGGGGCCCAAGGCACCAGGAAGCUGCUGGGUGGAUGGGACCCUCUGCGAGGUGUCCUAGGCACCCCACAUCUCCAUAUGAGGGCAGAGGCCGAGCUGGGACCCUGCCCCUGCCUAGCACCCCCACCCAGCACCCCCCUGCCACCCUGCCCCUUCAGGCCUUCCCAUGCGCUGGUGCUAUCCUCCUCACCCACUGCAGGCCAGAGGGCCUGGGGAUGCCAGGUGGUCCUGGCACAGCUCUGUAAAGUCAUGCCCAUGGCCAUGUGAGCCUAAUAAAGAUGAUCUCAUGGUGA